UACCUUUUGCAGAUUCGUUUGAGGGAGACGGUAUCCAGCAUUCAGCCGAUGAUCCAGGACAGACUGAGAAAAGUGAAUGAAAUAAAAAAAUCAGUGGCUCUAAGCAAACAAAUCACAGAGAGGGAGAUAGAGAGCAGCGCUCAGGUCUGCAGCAUGCUGAUAAGCGCCAUCGAGAGACAGCAUGCCGGGCUGGUCGAGGAGCUGGAGAGGAGGCAGCAAGAAGCUGAGAGGAGAGCCCAGGAGCUGUUCCAGGAGCUGGAGGAGGAACUCAAUGAUCUGCAGAUGAGGAGCAGCGAAAUGCAGUACCUGGAGCAAACUCAGAACCCUGUUCACCUCAUACAGAGUUUCCCGUCUCUAAAGCGACUCCCUUCCACUAGAGAGUGGUCUGAGGUUGCAGUCCACUCAGAUAACUGCAUGGGGGCGGUGACGAGAGCCGUCUCCAAGCUUGGGGACAUCUGCCAGGAACUUGCCAACAAACUAUCCGCAAAAGAAGCAGACAAACUGGAUCAAUAUGCAGUCAAUGUCACUCUGGAUCCUGAUACUGCUUCAGGCUGGCUGGUCCUGUCUCCAGACAGAAAGAAGGUGAGCAUCAGCAGCAAGAAGAACUAUUGUCCAGUCCCAGACAGUCCUCAGCGCUUUGACUCCUGCGUCUGUGUUUUGGGGAAACAAAGCUUUGCAUCUGGAAGACGCUACUGGGUUGUUGAGGUUGGAGAUAAAACAGACUGGGAUGUCGGCGUGGCCAGGGAGUCCAUCAACAGGAAGGGGGUCCUCACUGUGUCUCCCAGCAGCGGGUACUGGGCGAUCUGCCGGAGGAAAAGUGGCAGUCUCAGCGCCUGUGCCGGUCCAUCUGUCACCCUCCACCUCCAGCAAACCCCCAAGAAAGUGGGCGUGUUCCUGGACUACGAGGAAGGGUCGGUGUCCUUCUACGACGCAGAAGCAAAGACCCACAUUUACACUUACAGCGGGUGUGACUUCUCUGAGCUCCUCUACCCGUACUUUAACCCCUGUGUUCAAGAAGAUGGGAAGAACGCCGCCCCGCUGAUUAUCUGUCCUGUUGACGGAGGAGUCAGGGAAGGUCGGGACAUAACC